GGCAUUUUGUCCCUUGAAGAGCUAGCUUUUAUAUUCUACAAGAACCUUUCAUUCGGACUCCUUUUCUAAAUACUGGAGUCCAGAUGAUAAGGUCCAAACAUAGUACAAAAAAUCGUUGCUUUCUUUGUUAACCACAGGACCCCUACUUUCCUGAGAAGAUGCCAACGACAAAGAAAACACUGAUGUUCUUAUUGAGCUUUUUCACAAGCUUUGGGGCGUUCAUCGUCGUCUGCUCUAUGCUUGGGACCCAAGAAUGGGUCAGCAGCAUAAUUGCCAUCAGUGACUCUUCUUCAAACGGUAGUCUUGUUAUCGUCUAUGGACUCUUCCGUGGUAACAGCCGUCAGGAAUUCAGUCAUGGACUUGAGGAAUCAAAGAAGGACUUUGGAGUUUUAGAGAAAUUGAACAAUUCUUCCCAAAGAACGCUGCAUUUGGUGGUUAUCCUGUUCCUGGUCCUCAGCCUGUGCACUUUGCUGCUCAGCUCUGGGCUCACCUUCUACAACAGCAUCAGCAACCCCUAUCAGACGUGUUUGGGGCCAAUAGGCGUGUACACCGGGAGCGGACUUGGUGCCUUCUUCAUUUUCAUGAGCAUGAUACUGUUUGUGGGGAACACACAAGCCAACCAUCUCUCGGAAGACCUGGCCCAGACGCUGUACCAGCCCUAUCCAGCAGCUGCCUACGGAGGAACGAUCCACAGCUAUGGUUACUCAUUUUGGCUAACGCUGCUUGUCAUUCUUCUAAGUAUUAUCACUGUGGUCAUCAUUGUUUUCUACCAGAAGGCCAGAUACCAGCAAAAGCAGGAGCAGAGAAGGCCCAUGGAAUAUGCUCCAAGAGAUGGAAUUUUAUUCUGAAUUUGGUUAUGUUAUUUUGUUACUAGGUCUAUUCUAUUGUACAUCAGCUCCUGAGCAGUGACUGGCUCACUUGUCUGGACAAUCAGCAAAGUUAAGUGUGGCUCUGGUUGACAGUCAUUUUGUGAUAGUUUUGUAUCUCAUGACACUCCAUGAAUGAUGUCACAUCACAAAGGGUUCUUUCCACUAAGGUGAGGAAGAUGAAGGGGAAAUCUCUCGCAGUGUUCAAAGCGGUAGAAUGAUUACUAGACUAUGGGCCCUCCUGACCUGGUCUCACUCUCUAAGACAAUAAAGUUUCGUGGUAUGCACUUUUCCUUUGAGUAGCUCAAAGCACUUUAGCACCUAGGAUCUCCUUCUCCUUAGGAGGGACCAGGUAUUUUGAUUCCACUGUAUGAUUGAAGACUUCCAGGUACAGAGAGAUUCAGAACUCGUCUUUCCAGGACCAGGUAUUGGAGGCAAAAGGUGGGCAAAAGUUUGGAAUAAAUGCCCUGGUCCUGUGGCCCCCUGGUUGCUGACAUAAUUCAAACCCAGUGGUGGGUAGAAGUGCUGAUAUAUGACCUUCAGGCCCAUUUUUGAGGUUCCAAGGGGGCAGUUUUUGUGUGGAAGAGACCAGGAAGUGAGAAGAUUUAAGAAAGAUAAAAAUUAUAGCCCUAUAGCCUCCACACUAGGGAGGCCAAAUGUAUUUUUGGUUUAAAAGGAUUGUGGUGAGUUAAUCAAAAGGGAAAUGUAACUUUGCAAGAAGUUCUAGGAACCAACCCUUUGCUGUUGACACAGUAUAGUUGGACAGAAGUGAGUGGAUCAGCCAUCAGUGGAUUCCAGCCCAGCCAGAAGGUAAGAAAUGGCCUAGAGCACUGGGCUUGCAGGCAUUUCCCGAGUGAAGUCUGGGCAGAUGGAGAACACAGAUAUUGGGUUGCCCUCUAAGAACGGGUGGGUAAAAUUGGUUGACAGACUCAAAAGGACACAAUGGGCCACCAGGAAAUUUUUGAAAAGGUUCAGGAUGGAUUAGACCCACUUUGCCAGUAGGAUAUUCUUCCAGAAAAUCCCUUUGAAGAUCUUUUGGGCUUGAAUAUCCCACAAGUCAGCCAGGUUUCACAUUGACAGGAUUCUGAAAUAAUGACCCGACAUGUCUUGAUUGAACCAAAGUCAAAUAGAGCAGAAAUUUAGCGUAAUUUACACUCUUAGUAUAAUUUACAAAGCAGCAACUCUUUGGAGAGAAAGAUCUGCUUUAUGAAGCUAUUAGGGAGUCACAACCUUCUUAUCUACUAUUUUUUAACAAUCUGUCUUAGAGUUAAUAUUUUUCAUGCAAGAAACACCCAUGGAAUACCUAUGAUGCGAUUAGCAGUGUGCUAACGCUGGUACCUGCCACGGCAGAGCUUACUGUGGAGAAGUCAAGACAGGCAUUCCAAGAGCAGCUGUUAAAUUUCACAUAAAACAGGGACAUAGUCACCAGACUGUGCUCACCCUCUGAAGGUCAGUCCUCUAUAACCGCCUACCCCAAAGUCAAUGUUACUCUAAUAAAUUAACUUGUUGUGCAACUUUGAACAUAUUAAAAUUAUGAUUCUCAACAGUAAAAAAAGUUCUAAAUUCUUUGACGCUAAAAACAUUUAUGUUCUUCGAAGAUUGCAUUUUAUAUCAGAUUUUGAUAAUGUGGACAAGUAAUGGAAAAAGAAAUGGGUAUGGGUGACAAACCCAUGCAAAUGAUCGCUGAGUAGGCAGGCGCUCACACCCCGUGUUAGUGCAAAGGACACUACAGGAUGUAAAGACCGCGUGUACUCAUCUCAGAGUUUGAGCAGCGCCUGGUUUCUUUAGGGGACAAACUAUCUCUAUCCUUAUAUCACAGAGGACCUUUAAGGAACCAUUCCGAACAGGAAUCUGAUAUGGGGAAGUAUGUUUCACAGUCCUGGAGAUGAACAGCUUGACUGUCUCCUACUGUGUCUGAAGGUAGAAGCUAAUGACACUGUGUGUGUGUGUGUAUUCCUUAGAAAUCCUGUUAAGGAAGAACAAAGUUUGCAGACCGCUCAGAGACGUAGACGUGAUUUGCUGUUCUAAAAUUACUUCAUAAACUCACAUUACAUUUGUUGUAGUGGAACCACAUGAAACACCAUUUUCAAAGUCUGCGCUAUUCUGUGGAAUUAGAAUGUUUGAGCGGUCAUGAUACGACCCCUUAAUUAACCCGUGUGGUCCUAUUACGAUGAGCUGGGUGACAAAGUUCAUCCACA